AUGGGCACUAUUGUGACAUAUACAAAGUCCAUCUUCGCACGUCAUGGUGUACCUGAGACAGUGAGAGCAGACUGUGGUUCUCAAUUUGACUGCUGUCAAUUCAAACAACUUGGUCAUGAUUAUGGAUUUAAAUUGAUUACAUCAAGCCCAAAAUUUCCAAAAAGCAACGGCUUCAUCGAAGCGCAAGUAAAAAACUUAAAGUACCACUUAGACAAACGUGAUGAUCCCCACAAAAUGCUACUUAUGUUAAGAGCAACCCCUCCAGAAAAUGGGAAAAGUCCAGCGGAAUUACUUUUCGGGAGAAGGAUCCGUACUUAUGUUCCAAUAAUGUCUGAUCAACUAAGACCCUAUCUGGUAGAUCCUGAAAAGUUGAGGGAAAAGGAAGAAGCAAGAAUUGAUCGUCAAAAGAUUUAUUUUGACAAAAGACAUAGAGCCACAGAAUUGCCUACUCUACCUGAUGGAGCUCAAGUCCACAUAAAGGACAGGAAUCAAGAAGCAACUAUAUUAAACAAACACCAUGCACCUCGAUCCUAUAUAAUUCAAACGCAAGAUGGUUGUUUGCGGAGGAACAGAAGAUCACUGCAAAGAUUUAGCAUUACUAUGCCUUCUGAGCACUCUCAACCAGCACUGCAGACCAGUCCGUCAGAACACCUGAGAAGAUCAGAACCUUUCGAUCAUCCUGCAAUGGCAUCGCAGGCAAAUCCUUUAGCGAAUCUAAGAAGAUCAACGAGACAAUUCAAACCUACCCGGAGGUUAGAUCUUUAA